AUGUCGAAGUAUUACGAUGAAGAUGAUGCGAUAGAUUAUGAAGAGGAUAUUCCUGACUUUCAAGAUGAAGACGAGUUUGAUGACUAUUUGAAUGACGAAGAAUACGAGUUGCUUAACCAGAUUUUUCCAACGGCAAAAUCUGAAUUGGAGGAAUACCAGGGAUGGGACAAUUUAACUGUGAAGAAGGCGUUAUUUGAGCACAAUUUUGACCUUACUAGCGCAAUGAUCGAAUUAAAGAGGAAGUUCAAGAAAAAGGAGAUGUUGGCGAGGAAACGGGCCAUGCAAAAGCAACAGCAAAAGAGUAGUGCGACGGUACCGACGUCAGGCCAAACCCCCUCUCUUUUGGAUGCACUUAAAAAGAAUAGUAGCGCCAAAAAAUUAGGCGGUGCAAAUGGCCCUGCUGCUAAACAGUCAUUAUCAGAGAGGUUGCAGUCUCUUAAGCUUUCGAGUAAGGGGAGUGUCAGUGGCCAUACUGUCAAUACGAAUGCGACUAAUAAUACCAAUAGUGAAGUACCGCAUACAGCAACGCGAACUCUAGCAUCUAAAUUAGCUUCGUUGCGGAAAGCUAAACCGGAACCCAAGAAAGAUGAGGAAUCACCUGUAUCACAGGAACCGAAGAAGAACGGAGAGCCUGGUAAGAAUCAAGAAAACGUGGAUACUCUCAAGCGUAUUGAUAAUACAUGGACGUGGAAAAUCUUGAAAAAGCUCAAUGAUGUUGCUUCUCCCAACAAGACAACAAAUAUUAGUAAAAGCCCCUCCUUAUUAGUUACUAAUAUCAUCAUACAGGAGGAGAGACACGAGAAUGCGUCCCUGAAGAGAAAACAUGAUGAACUAUUCACAGUUUAUUAUCCAAAUACUAACAACCGUUCAGCCAAAAAACAAGCGAUUUCAAACUUCAAUAAACCAUCGCCGGAUGAUGUGGCAUUGACUCAACAAAAAGCUGCUUUCGAGGUUGACCGUGUCAAAGAUAAUAUAGCAAAAUUGUCUUUACAGGAGAAGAAGGAUACUCAGAGUAAGCAUAGUAACAAUAAUAAUGAUAAUGUUGGCGAAAAGGAAGAAGAAGAAGAUGAUGAUUAUGAAGACGAUGAUGAAUAUGACAGGGUCAAUGUUGAAGAUGUGCCUAUCAGAACUUACAAAAAAGCUACUGUUCCAACCAAACCUAAAAAUCCUAUCAACAUACAAUCACACUUGGCAGACAAGAAACCUCAUUUGAACUUUGUUGUUUUGGGUCACGUCGACGCAGGUAAAUCUACUUUGAUGGGCCGUUUGCUAUAUGAUGUUGGUGCAGUCGACAGCAAGUUAAUUCGUAAGUUGCAAAAGGAAAGUGAAAUGGCUGGAAAGUCGUCGUUCCAUCUUGCAUGGGUUAUGGAUCAAACUGCAGAGGAGAGAAAUAGAGGUGUUACUGUUGAUAUCUGCACCAGCGAUUUCGCAACUAGUAAAGGUACAUUCACCAUCGUUGAUGCUCCAGGUCACAGAGACUUCGUUCCAAAUGCCAUUGUAGGUAUUUCGCAAGCAGACGUAGCUGUUCUUUCAGUUGACUGUGGUACAGAUGCCUUUGAAUCUGGAUUUAACUUGGACGGUCAAACCAAAGAACAUGCCUUGUUGGCAAGAAGUUUGGGUAUCAAACAUAUCAUUGUUGCAAUGAACAAAAUGGAUACCGUCGGGUGGUAUGAAGGCAGAUUCUUGGAUAUAAAAUCAGAACUAUUGGUUUUCUUUGAAGAAAUUGGCUUUGAAUCAGAGAAUAUCAGUUAUGUUCCUUGUAGUGGGUUGACAGGUGAAGGUAUCUUUAAAACACCUUAUCCAAUUGGUCAAACGUGGUAUAAAGGUCCAAACCUAGUCCAAGAGCUAGAAAUUACUGCCGCUAAAUACUCAAAGAUCAAUGAUGAAGAAGAUAUCAAGGAGCCAUUUAUAUUCAAUAUUCUAGACGUUACACCAACUUCCAAAAACACGUCCGCUGUUAUCUCAGGUAAAGUUGAAGCAGGUUCUAUUCAACCGGGUGAAACGAUAACUAUAUUCCCUUCGGAACAGAGCUGUGUUGUUGACUCCAUUUUAUGCGGAAAUGACAACAAAAAGGUAGACAUUGCAUUACGUGGUGAUUUUGUUCAACUUAAGUUACACGGUGCCUUUGCAGAGGAUAUACAGUCCGGUGAUUUGGCAUCUGUUGCAGGAUAUGAUAUUCCAAGUGCUCAAGAAUUCACCUGUAGAUUAUUAACAUUCAAAAUUGACCGUCCAUUGUUGCCAGGUACUUCUCUCAUUUUGUUCAGAGGCGCUACUGAACAACCAUGCAGAAUCAAGAAGCUUUGCUACACUGUAAAUAAGAAAAAUCCAACGGAGGUACUCAAGAAAAAAGUCAGACAUUUAGGUUCGUUCCAGUCGGCUAUUGUAGAAAUUGAGUUAGUUGAGAAAAAGAGAAGAAUCCCAAUGCUUACGAUCAAGGAGAAUAAGAAACUAGGAAGAGUUGUUCUCAGAAAGGAAGGUAAAACCAUUGGAGCUGCUGUAAUCAACUCGUUAGAUUAUUGA